AUGAUGUUCCGGUCUAUCAUCGGUGCGCCGAUAGUUCACCCUGGUACUGCCAUUCCAUGGUCACUAGAAACCAAUAACGCGGAGAGCAUUACAAGACCUAAACCUACAAAGGCUAUGCCAGAAAACAGAAGACCUAGUAUUGCGCCAUCUCAUGGUGCAAAACAUAGUGUAUCAAAUCCAAUGGGUUCAAGAGUGACAAACAGUUCAAUUGACGCUGUAGAACGAAUCUCUGGGGUUCCAACAAGUAAUUCUUUUGGAAAGAUGAGGACAGUAAGUCUGAAGACAGCAGCAGAGGCGGAACGACAACGUAUCGAUGCCGUGUUUGAGAGAGAGCAGGAACGAAAAAACUCCGAUGCUGGGACAGUCACCACGUCAAAAUCGGUGGCAGACUGUCUAAAUACUGAUCGUUCAACAAGCGUCAAGAGAAAGCCCUUGCUACCGCAGCUUCCGUCAGGAGCCGCUGCGCUUAGGGUAUCUGCUGUCAAAAGAGAGGGAAAUGGGCCAGCAAGCUCAUCUAGUCUACGACAGUCUGAAUUCGUAGCAGCAGAAGGGGGAUCGGACUGGGGAACGAGAUAUAGUGUGGGUAGCCUUGGGACUGAGGAUGAUGAUACGACGCGAUAUACGGCAAUUUCCCAUGCGCCUUACACUCUGGCUGCACCCCCAAGAAUUCCAAAGAUCGAUUUAUUGGAUGAUGAUUCGAGGGUCAUGUUUCUCAAUGAAAUUGUGUAUGAUGACCCAGCGUUGGUAAAGUCAAUAAUGGGGAAGACGGAUAUUGCUUCAACAACCUCCAGAUACUCGGAAUCUAAAACAGGAGCAGUCAGGAGGAGUCCUUCAUCUAUUACCAAGCGUCUUCCAGGUCUCUCACCGGCUAAGGAAUCGAAUGAUUCUGUGGCCUCCUCACCGCCAUACAUGGAUGCGUCGCCGGUUAUGGACAGACCUAGGAGCGUGAAGAAUAUUGCGGAGAGGGGACUUUUCCCUCCGAAUAGGGACUCUGACCUGGCGGCACAAAUGCAAUACAACAAAAAGCAGUCAAACAUGCGGAGGGAAUCGGAACUUCCACAAGUUGAUUCAAAGCCACUACCCGAAGUUCCAGCCCAAUUGCAAGGGGUGGGUACAGAAAAGAAGCGGGCAAGAGAAAUUGUGUUUCCUAUCCCUCCUCCUAGAGCUACUGCCAGGAAAGGCGCCCCGCCACCCAUUACUGUCACCAUUCCGAAGAUUUUAUCUCCAGAAAUAAUCCAAGAGAUCACAGCUGCCGGUAAAGUUGGAAUCACUCAGUCAAUUCCCAGCCCCCAACCAGCAAUUCCCGAAAAGUCAGAGAAGCGCUUGAUGAGCCCGGCUACCAAUGAUCAAAGAGCUAGUUUUACUACUUAUGAGACCGCGAAAGCGUGGGCUGAAAGCGUAUCUGCUGCUAGUGAUAAGCCUAGAUAUGCUGAAAGUAUCAUUGAACCUCUCCCCUCAAUUGCAUACGACAUGUCAGACGACAUAACCCCUAGAAUAGCUGCAGCUAUCUCGGACGGUAAUCAUAAGCGCAAGAGUCUGAUCGCCUUGACAGUGUCCCCCCUCUUUCAAAUAGAGGACGAUGCGUUCACAGACAUCGAAAUCGACUCUGGCUCUGAGGAUGGAGGUGACCAAGACCCGGAAGCGGCUAAUGUGGAAUCUGUAUCUGAUGAACAGACUCAAAGUGAAGCGGAUGAAAUGAUCGUGAACGGAGGAGAGGGCUAUUCCACAGAAGACGAGUCAUAUGAGGAUUUCUUCACUGAUAGCGAAGAAGGUUGCUACCUCGAUGAUGGGAUCUUGAUCUCGGAUAUGGAGGAAGGAACAAGCUAUGACAAGAUCACGGCCGCUGAACGAAAGCUUGAUGCUAAGGUUCAAGAAAACACCGAAGCUUUAACAAACGCCACUCCCAUCCCCAUCCAUUUUCACCUUGGAGACAGUAUACCUACCUUCUCAGAGAGCAGGCGGAAAUACGGAACCAAGAGGAAGCCACCACCAUCUCCGAUAGGUUUCUUGGUACAGCAGAAACGUAUCUCUCAACAGCAGUCGAUGGAGGCACGGCUAACAAUUUUCGCUGGAACUCAACAUCUUGCUCCUCUUGAAGAUCUUAUGAAUAGGCUUCCAGUAAACAAGAAGGGUGACUCUCGUGUGAGUUACGUAUCUGACGGUAGAAACUCUCUGUUAGCUCGGCUGGAGAUGGAAAUGGGACAGCAGGAAAAUGAAUGGAUGGGAAUGCAUAAGACACUGGAAAGAAGCUCAAUGGGAUCAAUCGAGGAAACUCCAGAGCAGAGAGCCUCCCGGUUAUCCCGAGACAUUUCAGAGUGCCGCUCAUCCCUGGGAAAGGUUAAUGAGGGUAUUUUGAUUAAUAAACGGUUGAGUACUGUUGACACAGAGUCUGUUUGCUCAGAUGCUCAACCGAGUGCGUGGCAUGCUCAGAUGAGUUAUCUUGUUCAAGCACCGUUGAUGAACCCUAGUGAGGUUCUAGCCAGACCGACUUCUAUCCUCGAAAGUCAAAAUACACCAAUCUCAAUAGUUUCAGACUCAGAUACCGAGGCAUAUGCUUCCAGGGAUGAGUCGCCAUAUGGUACAAAUCACAGCGAGGUCCACACGGAAUCGUACUAUGGAAAUGAUACUUUAAACUUUAUCAUAGAAGAAAACGAGGGACUCGAGCACUAUGCAGAAUAUCAAGAGACAUUCGAGGACGACAGUGAGAUUCAACUUCUUGAACCUACGGUGUAUUGCCCGAGUACACGCUCUACCAGCAUAAUUUCUCAUCCCAACUUUAUAUACUCCGUUACUUCGGAGUCAUCCCCUCGAAGUGCAAGGUCACCUUCAAUUUCAUUUCUUUGGAACACCCGUCCCAUCCAAGGAAGCUCCCCUCCCGUGAGUAGCCAGCUAUGGUCAUACCCUGUAUUGCUGCCAAGGACCCCCCUAGCACUCCCUGCUGCAUUAGAUCUUCGCCCAAAACGCCGUAUCUCAAGUACACCCAUUGCAAAAGCUACCACAAGCCUCUGGGUAAAGGCCCACGGCCCUCAAAUCCAACCCAAUACAGGUUUGUGGAGAAGCCCGAGGGAACAAAAGCCGAAAAGCAUCAUCGCCGCUUCAUUCGGGCAUGGUAGAAGUCGCUCACUCAAGCUUAAAAGAGUUACAUUUGUGGAGGAAGUGGUGACAGUCGAGACAACUGGUUUAUUCGGAAAACUUAAGAAACUUUGGGGGGGUCAUACAAAGUCUCAUUCAGUUGACAGUCCCGCUGCUCCAAGAUAUUUGAGGGAUGUAGACACAGCUAUAGACUCUGUUAUUGUGAGAUAUGCAAACAAGACGCUUCCGCCUCUUCCGCCUCUUCCUCCAAGGACAGAUAUUAUGAAGCACAAAGAGCCCGAGAAUACGACCCGCAACCACCUGUGGUUACAUCAAUCCAGUCCUCCAGCCAUUACUCAACCAUCGUUACUGUGGAAUCAAACACAUGCACAAGAAGUCCAGAAUACCCAAUUGUUCAUCAAAGACAUCCCUUCGCUCCGUAGAAAGGCUCCUCAACAAACAUUCUUGCCAAGCCUUACUUCGAACAGACUAUGGGGAUAUGUUGAACAGCCGAUGAUGCCAUCACUUUGGUCAAUAAGCUCCGCUAGCACUAGGUAUCUCUGGCCCUACGGAGAAAGAACAGCAGUUCGCAGUUAUCUCUGGCCUUCUGCCCCGCCCGCCAAGAAAAAUGAGGUUAUUACAACCAGAUCUCGAUCACUCGCGAUCACUCGCCUCACUCGCCUCCAGUCAUCUUCGCUCUGGGUGGCUACUGCGGCUUGCAAGAAUGGCGGAAACAAAGUUACUGCACUUUGGGAGCCCGCUGACUCUAGAGUAAAUGCUGUAGGAUCCCAGAAACAUGAGCCUAUGCUUUGGAUUAAGAGACAGAAUAUUGUGCCCGUUGCUUCUGGACACUUAUGGCCCAAUGCGCCUGAACUUCCUAUGUUACCGUCAUCUUUGCUAGCUAUCCGAGCUCGCGUUGCCUCAGCUGAACUCCCAAUCCUCGAAUCCAACCAACUAUGGACCUUUGCUAAAGAAGCGCUCGGGCUGUGGUCACUCCCAGAAAGAUCGACCGGGCUCUGGCCUCAUGGAGGGCGUGAGAAAGUUGUUUCUUUCCUUUGGCCUUCCGCAUUGACACUAAAUUAUAUUCCUGCAAGAAUUGCCUCGAAACGUUCACGGGUUAUGGCAGCUGAACUUGAGAAACUUGAGUCGGAGCAAUUGUGGUCCUAUAGUGACGUCCAAUUUGAGCCUGUUGAGGCAAAGGGAAUGUGGAAAGCAGUAACUGUUGCAGUCAAGCCAACUAUCGUCGAGCAGAAUAUGGAAACGCUCACAAGUCUACUUUGGACUGCACCCGAAGAAGUUCCGUAUGUAGCUACUCCUAGCUAUCUUUGGCCAUUAGCUCACCCCCUUCCACCCCUUCCCUCCCCCCUCCCCCUCCCACGCGUUUCGCCUACAACGAAGGCUCGUAACCCAACCAAAAGCACAAUAGUGUCACUCUCUGGAGGGCUUUGGAGCUCAGCACCAGUAUUACUUCCACGUCUCUGGUCUGCGCCAGCAACUGAGUCUGGGCUCUGGCCGCACGGAAAGCUUCAACAUGCGCAAACGAGGGCUCUGUGGCCGUCUGCACGCCCACUUGCGAGCACAGCGAACCAGAGUCUCCACAACGCUCGUAUAAUCAUCACCGGCUUGCAAAUAGAAUCGUCGCGACUCUGGAGCGCAGAAUCAGCAAUAAAAGCGGAAUUAUGGGUUCCACCACCUAAGAAAACAGGAUUGUGGCCCAAUGGGCAGGUGGUUAAGAGCAAAUCUGUUGGGUUAUGGCCUUCUGACACUGAAUUAAGGCUCCCAGAAAUCGUGUUGAUUCGCCAGGUCAAACAACGCAGCCCCAUCAAUCUAGCAACUUUGGAAUCUCAUGAGCUUUGGAGCAAUUUCAAUAUCAAGCAAUCACUCUGGAAACAAGCAAAUGGUCAAAGUGGUCUGUGGCCCCAGGGCGCAUACAAUUCUGGAAAGCGGCAGCUUUGGAGCGCCGAUAGUAAUAUGCAAACUGGCCUAAGAAGAAAUCUCACAUUGAAAUUAGCAACUAUCGAGGGAAGGAAAAGAUAUGAGAGAAAAGCAAUAACGGCCAUAUUAGAAUCGCGCGCGCUGUGGAGUCGAGCGGUACAUAUCCGACCAAAAUCUGCUGGCCGGCUUUGGACAAAAGAGAUUGAAUAUAUCGGCGAAUUGCCCAAAAUCAAGACUGCUGAGCUGCAGGAGAAAGACGAUGUCGCUUCAGUAUCGCCCGGUUUAUGGGCUAAUCCAUCUCCUGUUUCUUCUCCAUCUCCUGCAAAUCUAAUGACGCCUGUUGCCGUACUUUGGACGGCAUCCCCCCUCAAAGCACCCAGGAUAGAAUUCACAAUCUGCCGGGAAACCAUCGUAGUCGCAGUUCAACGAAGGAAGUCGGCUGGAGCUGCCAAUUUGAUGCUGACACCUCUGCAAGGCAAUCUCUGGGUCGCAGGGAUUCCGUCGCUUUUACCCGGAGGAUCAACACCUCGCACCGGGAUGAAGCAAGCUCCUCAGGAUGGUCUGUGGAACUCGGCCAGAACGAAUGCCAAGCUGGAGAAAAAAGUUCCUUUAUGGCAUAGGCACAAUGUCAUUGGCAAGGAUCGAGUUGCGGUGAAGCAGCAAACAUUGACAACAGACACCACUGGAUCGUUCGUCGCCGUGAAAUCCGAUCAACUAAGGACCUUCAUCUCUGCCGAAACAGAAGAGGAUGGUGUCAAUCAUGUCCAUCAUGACGGGCUAUGGCAUCCAGCCGUAAUGACAAAGCCGGCAAAAGAGAGGCCGCUCACUGCAGACACGGUUCCUCGGGAAAGGACAUUUGUUACUCCGAGGACUUGCGCCCUCUGGCAAAAGAACAAAAGUGACAAACCCCUAGCACCGAUAUUUCCGACAUCAGUAAUGAUAAUCCCUGUAGUUCCAUCGCGAUCGAAUAAGCGAGCAGCAUCGAAUAUUCCUCCCCCGCUUUUCUUGGCGCCUGUAGGUGGCCCAAUGUGGACGGCUGAUAAAACGAGUGAAUCCCGUCCGCGUGGACUAUGGCGUCAAACGAAAAACGAGGGUACAGGGACGAAGAAGGGUCUUUGGCAACCCAACAACAUUGAUAAGUACAGCACCCUAACCGUAACCAACCAAGCUACCUUGCCGGAGAAAAAAUCGAAUCUUUGGAGUUUUUCCGGGACAAAACCAGAACGACAAUCAAUCUUCCAAAACCUGUCAGUUGAGUCCAUUCGCAGGUCUACCUCUACAACCACCAGGAACCACAAUUCUAUCACAAAUCCCAUGGAGGGAUCACUUUGGGUGAAAUCACGCAAUACUAUUCCAGAAAAACCGAAGCUAUGGCGCAAAGCAGAAAUCCCACAGAGACUAUGGUCAGCCGAUAAUAAUGUUAAUAGCAGCAGUACUUAUAUGACUAUCACCACCAAAGCGGUUCCUACUGUCGCUACUAGGCAUUUGUGGGGAAAGGACAAUGUCACCACCACGCCUAUUUUCGCCGACCUUUCGCUUGAGUCUUCUCGAUCUCGCAGAGAGUUUACUCCCAAAGCGUUCUCUGCCCCGCCUGAAGGAUUGUGGAAAAUGGCACUAACCAGCGAACCGUUGGAGAUGAUUGCUGAAGUGCCGAAGAUUGGUCUUUGGGGAGCAACAGACGCUGCCCCAAUCAUUGUCAAGAAUGUCCCUACUAAGACACUUUGGAAGAAGGACAACACAGAAACUCCAAUUUUCGCUGACCUACCCCUUGAAUCCUUCCGCUCAAAGAAGGAUCACUCUACGGCAACUCUUCCUGUCUUCUCAGAGGGCAUGUGGAAGAAAAAGGUCGCACUCCCAGAACGCCCUCAGUUGUGGAAACCAAUCCCCAAAGCAACAGGUUUAUGGGACGCAAAUGCAAAGACGAAAACUUUGGCUCAGAUAUCCUUGGAGAGGAAAGCAAUGGGAACGAAGAGGCCAUUAUGGUCAAAGGAGAGGGCUUCAAGGACCACUGCAAAAGUUCCUCAACGAUCACCGCUCGCCAUUGUUCGCAUCUCGGAUGACCUAACCCUACCCAAAGCCACUGGUGAUCUUUGGAAGCCAAAGUCUCCCGUGCGACAGGCACCAGUGCUUUGGACAGCACCGAAACCUGUUACACAGUCCGUAAAACCCGCAAAGCCAACCGCAACACUUCUCUGGGGUCAAGGGUCUGGGUCAAAGACAACUGCAGUUGCGGAGCGAACAAAGGUCCCCUUCAUUCCCUCUGAUGCUCCACUUGCUCAAGUUUCUGGCUCGCUGUGGGAACAAAAGUCGGCAGCUAAACCGAUUGGUCUCUGGAAGCGUCCCAUCAAAACGGUAGCGGUAACCACAGUCACUCCAUCUGUACCUCUAUGGACAGCAAGAACAGCCUCUAGGACCACCAGUGCCGUGCCUCAACGUUUGCCUGUUCCGAAAAAGAAGGAUACAAGGAGUAUCAUCCUCCUCCCGGCAACAGGUUCGCUCUGGCAGCCGCCUAAGCGCACUCCCGAGAAGGGACUUUGGAAAGCCCCUGCCCCACCAACCCGCCGACCCCGUAGAGCAAGUCUUCUCUGGGAAUCCCACUCAGCAGCACGCACAACUACUGCAACUCCGGUUCGGACUGCAGUGCCAAAACGUCUCAUCGAGGAGCCCCUCAAAACUGUCAGUGGUACCCUGUGGAAGGCGCCAUCCAAUGAACCUAAGAAGGGUCUCUGGAAACGCACCAUCCCAACAGUUGCGACAUACCGCAAGACAAGUACAACUUCCCUAUGGUCAAAAGAGUCCGCUUCUCGAACAACAUCUGCAAAACCAGAACGUGCUCCUUUCGUUCCAAAGGUUAUCGAUGAAAAGUCUCUUACACUCCCACCUGCCACCGGAGAUCUCUGGAUGCCUACCUCGUCGGCAACACCACAAAAAGUCAGUCUCUGGUCUCGUCCAGCCACCCCCACCGGUGGUAGCGGCGUCUGGGAUGCUCAAGGUCGUACGCCAACCCUGGCCGAAAUCAAGCUUGCGCUUGCAACACGACGAGACAAGACAGAACUGUGGCAGCGUCGCAGCAUCUUGACUUCAAAGCCCGCUAUAGUUGAUAUCAGCAAAAUCACUUCCUCUUCCACUGCCCCACAGAAGAAGGUCAAAACCGCCGAACCAACCCCCGUACCUCAGGUGGAUGGCAGUCUCUGGAGACCCUGUGUAGAUGGGAAGAAUGAACAGGGUAUCAUGUGGAUUACACGCUCCUCUCGUUCCUCCUCUCUGGAAUCUGAGUUUAUUUCUCCGGGCGUGAGCCGUGCUUCAACAAUCAGCGACAUGAGCGACGAGACCGAGUCCCCGCUGACAACAAGUAACGCGGAUGCGUUUGAGCCAGAGGUCAUGAGAAUUCAUAGCACAAAGGUUAGCGUCUCUUCUGCGGCUGGGGAGAAUAUGUGGAGGCCUAUUGGGAUGGCGGAGGGAAAGGGAAAGGGGGUCUCUAGGUCAGACCAGAAGGAGCAAGAGCUUCCUACGUGGGGAGCUUCACACUCGCUUUGGAGCAAACCGUCCACUGAUGAAGAAAAAGCGGCGUUAUGGGAAAACCCCAACUCAUAUGCAUGCUCCUCAGUCUCCGACGAAGACUUCGCAUCGGCUGCCUCCGAACUCAGUGAGGAAUCCCACUAUCACGAUUUCGAAACAGGCCACGAGCCCGACAGUUACUUAAACAACAUGUAUCCCCCCUCUUCGUCUAACCCCCACGUAUUCGUUGGACAGUUCCGUCGUGACAAUUAUCUUCUUCAUCAACAAUCAAACACCCAGCUCCCGGAAAACUCUCCAUUUGCAUCCAACCUCCGCAUCAAGAGUCUCCGUCGGAAGCUAAGGCCCACGAACGGCGCCCCCGGCACAGCUGAAAGGAAGCGCCGCAACACUGAAGGAGAGGAAGAGAGAGAGCGGCUCAGGGUCGAUAGUAUCCCAAUGGAAAGGGCGGUUUCCAUGGGCGAGGAACAUCUAUAG